GCAUCUUGCAUCAGCCCCGUGGAUGCGCGCUGCCGCGGCCGCCGGCUGAGCGGGCGGCCUUCACACCCCGCUCUGCUCUCCCUGCGGCCGGACCGGGAUCACAGCUCCGUCCUUGGCUUCUGCCCGCAGUGCGCACUCCUGGAUGAGCGUCCCUCGCUGCCUCUGAGAUGGCCCCGGCCCCCAGGAUGCCCUCGGUCCUGCUCCUGCUGCUGCCCAUCCUGAGUUCUGCAAGAGCCCAGGUCAACCCAGCCGUGUGCCGCUACCCCCUGGGCAUGUCGGGAGGCCACAUUCCGGAUGAGGACAUCACAGCCUCCAGCCAGUGGUCAGAGUCCACCGCGGCCAGAUACGGACGGCUGGACUCGGAGGAAGGGGAUGGAGCCUGGUGUCCCGAGAUCCCGGUGGAGCCCGACGACCUGAAGGAGUUCCUGCAGAUCGACCUGCACUCCCUGCACUUCAUCACGCUGGUGGGGACCCAGGGCCGCCACGCGGGCGGCCACGGCAUCGAGUUCGCCCCCAUGUACAGGAUCCACUACAGCCGGGACGGCGCACGCUGGAUCUCCUGGCGGAACCGGCACGGGAAGCAGGUGCUGGACGGAAGCAGUAACCCCUACGACAUCUUCCUGAAGGACCUGGAGCCGCCCAUCGUGGCCAGAUUCGUCCGCUUCAUCCCGGUCACCGACCAUUCCAUGAACGUGUGCAUGAGGGUGGAGCUCUACGGCUGCGUCUGGCUGGACGGCUUGGUGUCCUACAACGCUCCGGCCGGACAGCAGUUCGUGCUCCCUGGAGGCGCGGUCAUCUACCUGAACGAUUCUGUCUACGACGGAGCCGUCGGGUACAGCAUGACCGAAGGGCUGGGCCAGCUGACGGACGGGGUGUCCGGCCUGGACGACUUCACCCAGACCCACGAGUACCACGUGUGGCCCGGCUACGACUACGUGGGCUGGAGGAACGAGAGUGCCACCAACGGCUACAUCGAGAUCGUGUUUGAAUUUGACCGCAUCAGGAACUUCACCACCAUGAAGGUGCACUGCAACAACAUGUUCGAGAAGGGCGUGAAGACCUUCAAGGAGGUGCAGUGCUACUUCCGCGCGGAGGCCGGCGAGUGGGAGCCCAACGCCGUGUCCUUCCCGCUGGUGCUGGACGACGUGAACCCCAGCGCCCGCUUCGUCACCGUGCCCCUGCAGCACCGCAUGGCCAGCGCCCUCAAGUGCCAGUACCACUUUGCCGACACCUGGAUGAUGUUCAGCGAGAUCACCUUCCAAUCAGAUGCUGCCAUGUACAACACCUCCGGGGCUCUGCCCGCCUCGCCGGGGGCGCCCACCACCUACGACCCAAUGCUGAAAGUUGACGACAGCAACACCCGGAUCCUGAUUGGCUGCCUGGUGGCCAUCAUCUUCAUCCUCCUGGCCGUCAUUGUCACCAUCCUCUGGAGGCAGUUCUGGCAGAAGAUGCUGGAGAAGGCCUCCCGGCGGAUGCUGGAUGACGAGAUGACCGUCAGCCUGUCCCUGCCCAGCGAGUCCAGCAUGUUCCACAACAACCACUCCUCGCCGCCCAGUGAGCAGGGCUCCAGCUCCACCUACGACCGCAUCUUCCCGCUGCGGCCGGACUACCAGGAGCCCUCCAGGCUGAUCCGCAAGCUCCCAGAGUUCGCUCCCGGGGAGGAGGCGCCGGGCUGCAGCGGCCUCGCCAAGCCAGGCCCGCCCAGCGGCCCCGAGGGCGCGCCCCACUACGCAGAGGCGGACAUCGUGAACCUGCAGGGCGUGACCGGGGGCAACACCUACUCCGUGCCCGCCCUCACCAUGGACCUGCUCUCCGGGAAAGACGUGGCCGUGGAGGAGUUCCCCCGGAAGCUGCUCGCCUUCAAGGAGAAGCUGGGGGAAGGCCAGUUCGGGGAGGUCCAUCUCUGCGAAGUGGAGGGGAUGGAAAGGUUCAAAGGCAAAGACUUGCCCGUGGAUGCCAGUGCCAGCCAGCCGGUCCUGGUGGCCGUGAAGAUGCUCCGGGCAGAUGCCAACAAGAACGCCAGGAAUGAUUUCCUAAAGGAGAUAAAGAUCAUGUCCCGGCUCAAGGACGCCAACAUCAUCCGCCUCUUAGCCGUGUGCAUCGCCGACGACCCUCUGUGCAUGAUCACCGAGUACAUGGAGAACGGGGACCUCAACCAGUUCCUCUCCCGCCACGAGCCGCCCAGCUCCAGUCCCAGCCAGGUGCCCACUGUCAGUUAUGCCAACCUGAAGUUCAUGGCAACUCAGAUCGCCUCUGGCAUGAAGUACCUUUCCUCCUUGAAUUUUGUCCACCGAGACCUGGCCACACGGAACUGCCUGGUGGGGCCCACCGGGGGAGGGGGGGGGGGGCCCCCCCUGGCCCAGGUGGUGGGCGCAGCGGCCAGGGACUCCCGGGCUGCCGAGGCAGCCCGCAAGCUUGGUGUCUGCUCAGAUGGGAUGACCUGCUUUGAGUGGUUCUUAUUUUCUCUCCUGCCCCGAUCUAAACAGGGCAAGUUCACCACGGCCAGCGACGUGUGGGCCUUCGGGGUGACCCUGUGGGAGGCCUUCACCUUCUGCCAGGAGCAGCCCUACUCCCAGCUGUCCGACGAGCAGGUCAUCGAGAACACCGGGGAGUUCUUCCGGGACCAAGGGAGGCAGACCUACCUCCCGCAGCCCGCCAUCUGCCCCGACUCCGUGUACAAGCUGAUGCUGAGCUGCUGGCGGAGGGACACGAAGCACCGGCCCUCGUUCCAGGAGAUUCACCUGCUGCUGCUCCAGCAGGGCGACGAGUGACCGCCUCCGGGCCAGGCCGCCCGCGCGCCCGCGCCCGCGCCACGCCCCGCGCCCACGCCACGCCACGGACGCGAGUGCACACGAGGCAGGCUGUCCCUUUCCUCCCGCCCCUCGUUCCCCACCGCUCCACCCCCCUGUGCACCCCGGACCCAUAUAUACUUUUUUUUACAUUAAAGAACUAAAAAAGAAAAAAAACCGCUAGGGCAGGUAAAAUCCAGUAAAGAAAUUUUCAUUGAUGUACCACAGUGUUGAGAACAAAGCUAGAUAAUUUAGAUAAUUUAUAAAGGCUAAAUAUGCUUAUGUUUAUAAAUGUGCAGGUUCUACAAUAUUUUUUUUAUGUUGCCUUUAAAAAUAGUUUCAGAAGUAAAACCUUGAAUACUAAUGUCUUAGGGACCCAGAGAUCAGGUUGGGGAAAGCGCGCGGCCAGUGGCGCCUCGGACUCGCCAGACUCCUAGUUGGGCCUCUGGGCUCGGCCCUCGCUCUGCGCGUCCCUCUUGGGUCCAAGUAGCUGUCACCUGUUUGAAAACGCGCCGCUCUCUGGAAUGGGUGUUUUGUUCAUUCGUGGGCAGGGCUCAGGGUGGAGGUCUAUGUGCCUAGAAACAGAGAUUGCGUAGGAAGGAAUUGUAUUGUGUGGAGGUCGGAAGGGCUGUCAUUGCAAACAAGCCCGCGGACAGCCCGUCUUACUCACAUGGCCAGGUGUGUCUCAGUGAGGCCGCUUUUGAAUCCGUAAAAACUGCUGUUUCGAUAGCUUCACCUCGGCCCUUUGGUUCAUCUUCUCUAAAGCUGCCAACUGUUUUAAUAAAUGAAUCCGGUGCAGUGGCGGCGGGCGGGGUUCCUCAGGCGUGUGCGACAGGGGAGCGCCUGUUCCGAGUGUUCCUAGGGGCCGCCUGGGACCAGCGAGGGGAGCGCCGCCCCCCUUUGCCAGGGGCACGCAGGGUGAGUGGGCUGGAGAGCUAGGGAGACAGACGUAGACGUGGACCCCAGAGCAGUGAUGUGUGGAUGGUGCUGGGUGACCCCCUGCACAGGCCAAGCGUGAUGCAGAGACAGAGGGAGGUCUGGCUUCCCAACCUGUGGGAACAGAUACCGGUCAAAUCAGAGUCCCGUCAGAACCGCCCCCGAGCUCCCUACCCGCCCCCCCCAGAGCCAGGGGACAGCAGUGAAGGGAACCCCAAUUCCUGCUAAGGGGACACAAGAGAAGACGGCAGAGGACACGGCUCAGGCUCAGGAGCAGCGUGACCCCUGGGCCUGCUUCUGACGCCCUCGCGUCCCUGCUCAGCCCCGGCCUUGCUCCAGGCCAUGGCGGACGCCUCACCCCCGCUCCCCAGGGCACUGGCAGGGCCUCUCCUUCCCCAGCAAACGCCCUUCCCGUCGUGUCCUGGGACUCGGUCUCCAGUCUCUCCCUCAAUGAACUGGAGGAUCGCAGGUGGGGAGUCAGGACAGUGGCUUGGGGAGCUUGACCCGCUUCUGCUUUGAGCAGCUGUGCCAUCUUGGACAAGUCUGCCGCCUGCACUGUGUCUCCUGGCCUGUGAGCUGAGAGCUCUGCAGCAGUGGCCGGGAGGGCUCCCAGUCCCAUGUGUCCAGUCUCGCUGGGAACCUGGUCGGCAGGAGGUUGUCAGGGAAGUUGCUCCAGCCGCACUAGUAACACCGCCACAUGCGCGCUCCCACGCCCGUCAGACACCUGCAGGGCCGAACACGCUCGCUUCCCCCUUGGGACUUGCCCCUCUGCUCGCAAGGUCCGUGUUAGCGUCACGUCCUAUUCAGAGGCCCCAGAGAAACAGCUGACAGGAGACACACACACGUUUCUGAUUCUUAUAAGGAAUCGGCUCAUGGCACCAUUUGUAGGGCCGAGCAAGAGACCCGGGAGACUGUGGUCGCCUCUGGGGAUAGACCACCGGGGCCAGUCCAGGGAGGAGGCUGAGGAGUCAGCUCAGCUUCAGGCGGAGUGGACUCCUUUCCUUCCAGCCGAGUCCUCAUAGAGUGGGUGCGGCCCGCACACUGGACAGGCCUCUGCCUUCCUCAGUCCAACAACCCACAGCUAAUCUCGUCUGGAAGCAGCUCUCAGACACCGAAUAACGCUAACCUGGCACCACAGGGCCCGGAGGGUGAACAGAUAAGAUCAGUCAUCACGUUUCUCUAGAAUUCAAGGGACUUGAGCACGACCCCAGCGGGGCCCAGCGGUCCUGCCAGGACUGCGGGGGGCAGGGGGGCGGCAUUUCUCCCGUCCUGCGCCUAACUUUUCUCCUCUUGCUUCUUUCCCACAUCCCGCCUCAGCCCCUGCAUUUCAUGACCCCGCAGAGAGCAGACCUAUUUAAAAGGAAUGUGGUGUGUCUGUUUCCCCGGCCGUGGGCGAGAGAGGUCAUCGGCUCCAGGUGACUGGCAGACCGCAUCAUUGCGUCCUGUUAGCCUUUCUAAACGUCACCUUUAUUCUGUAUAUGGAACGUUUUCCAUCCAGGUGGUGGUUUUGGAGUCAGAUUGGAAUGUCUGUGUAGGUGGGUCAAUGUGCUGAGAGCUAGGCCCCGCCCUCAGUGCCCGGCCCAGACUCCCCUGCUCAGAAAGGACUGGCCUGUAGGCCCGAGGGGGCUGUGGUGUCAGCGCGGGGGCAGGAUCGCCUGCAGGUGCCCGAGGUGUGACGAGCACAGGACGGAGGGGGUGGCAGAUGGUGAACGAAUGUGCGUGUGGCUGAGCGGAGGCCGGUGGCAGGAAAAGGCCGCAGGAAGGAGAGCGGACCUCGCAUAGGUGGCUGCGAAGGGUCGGGAAGCCAGACAGACUCCGGCGAGGGUGAGACUCUGUUCUGGAGACGGAACUGAGUCAGGGCAGAAAAAGUAAGUGUCGUGAAGAUGAAAGGAGGAUAUGUAUGGAGAGAAGGAAUUCUGGAUGAUGAAAAAGGAGACAUCAGGGGCAGUGUGAACAGAAGGGAGCUUUGCAGAGCCUCUGAGAGAGAAGUUCCUCAUGGGCGCAGUCCCUCGUGGUGCCCGGCAGGGAGGCCCUUUCAUUCCCAAGGAAGCAGGUGGCAGAGGUCUGGGCGCCUGUAUCCUCAGCUGCGAAUCCAUCAGCUCCGCCCGCCGUGGACCUGGUUCCCAAGAGCUGCCUGGGAUGCAGACCUGGGCCUGGGGAGUUUGCAGACCACCAACCGGCUUUGCGUCCCAUCUCUUGCUUCUGUUAAGGGAUCACUGCUCGGCCCAGAAGGGCCACAGGAACAGGGAAGCAUUAGGCUCGAGAUCGGUCGACUCAGUCUUGUUUGACACCCACGCAGAGGUGGGUGCGGGCGGAAGCCCUGUGUCGUUCUCACUCCAUCCAGGCUUCCGCACGAAGUGGAGCUCAACCAUGUGUUUUGUGUCAAAGGAGAACAGAGAAGAAGUUCCAAGGAAAUAUUCUAAAACAGAGUAGCAUCUGCUUUGCCCAAAACUAUAAAAAAAGUGAAGAAAAUUAUAGUUAAGCCUUAAAUUAUUCUUCAAAUAGGACUGCUAAGUCCCUGAUCCUAAGUUGAAUUUAGUGUAGUCCUGCCCUCUUCGCCUUUCCGUGAGACCUCUGACCUCUGACCUGUGGCCUGGCAAAUGGCAGGUCCCUGAAUGCUUCUGGGAGUUACAGAUCCUGGUGUAUGUUGGGAAAUCCUCCUGGACGGAAAUUUAACAUUUUUACGAAGCAGAUGGAUGUCUUUUCCACUUGGUAAAUGCAUUGGAAUGCUUCCCAACACGGGAAGAAGCCGGAAUGGUUAGUGAGGACGGAUUGCUGGCAUUCUGAGUUCUCUGCUACAGUCAGCUGCACUACUUGGAAGGCAAUUGUUUCUAAAACUACUUAUUUCAAAACAUUUUAAAACGGGCAAGAAGUUGCAAAACUAGUACAGAGUGGCCUCACCCUAACACCAGGCUUUCCCAAUGAUGACAUCUUACCGAACCAUCACGCUUUUCCAAAGCCAGAAAACUGACAUUGGUCUAAUAUUAUUAGCGCAACCACAGAUCAUACUCAGAUUCCACCAGCUUUUCACCUGCACUGAUUUGUUCUGGGUGGGUUUAACCCUUGCUGGUUUGUAACCUGGCCUUGCUUGGGGCCCUCCAGAAAGACACCAUCUGGAUACAAAUGUACAAACUCUUCAAGAGAAUGUAACAAACUCACUCGUUCCUUUAUCAACGAGCAUUAUCCUGCCUGGGCCGCGCACGUGCACGCAUCUGCUGACUUUGCUUGGCUGUUUAGCAUCUGGAACCAUCAAGAACAACUUGGAAGAAUCAGGCAACGCAGAGAACAGUGAAGACCUGACAUGGCUUGCUGGCUAGCGAAUCUAUAAUAAUAAAAGUUUAAUAUGCUAAUUAGACCUGACGUCUUUCCGGAUGACCUUCUGGACGAAGCCAGGGCUGUGAGGGAAGCCUGGGUUCCAGGUGCCAGAGGGAAGCUGGUGCCGGCAGCCGGGGAAGGCCUACUCUUGCACGAAUUUCGUGCAUCGGGCCUCUAGUCAGGUAUGAAGGGAAAUCCAGGUGGUUCCUGCUGUUUCUACAGCAGGGAAGGAUCGUAAUUGUGGCAAAGAGAGCACUCCAGAGUGAACCCGUGUUUUGGUCAAGGAGUAGGUGGCACCGAGUUACGGCCCCAGGGCACCUUGUGGGAGGACUAGAAUACAGUGGUAUAGACCCUAAAUGUGAUAAACUAUUUUCAGAAUAGUAGAGGUUUCAUUUGCCUAAAUAUCUGUUCUGAAAUGAAAUAAACCACACUAAACCAAAUUAAAUACUAAUUUCAGGGGGGAGGGGAGGGGUGGCUGGUAUUGGGGCUCCAGCUCUGUGGCUCCCAGCUGCGAGGUUUGUGGCGGUGUCUGAAGUGCCCUGUUUAGGACUCACAAGAUUGUAACUUGUUUACCACUGCAUCCCACAUCCUGUAAAGUUCCUGGCCCAGACUCGCCUGCUGGGCACCCCAUACAUGCACCCCUUACUGAGUGUUGUUUUUGAAUGAAUCAAAUGUAGAAACAGAAACUUGUCAAACUGCAUGACUGUGGUGAAUUGGGGAGAACUGCUCUGCUGUGAUUUAGAGGGUUUGUUUUCACUGGAGGAGAGAGUAGAAAGGGCCAGAGCUUACUGGUGGAGAACAGCCCCCAUCGGUGGAUGUCCCGUGUGUGCCUUAUUCUUUGAGGUCUUUCAACAGCAUUUCAAGGUCGUUCUGUUUAAGGCACCCCGUCCAGAGCAGGCACCAGACUCUGGCCCCAAAGUCAGCCCUUUGGAGACAAGUCUUGCCGAUGUCUCGUCAAUAACCUCCAGGACUCUAAAGGGGCAGGACCGGUCAGCCCGAGCUUGCCGAGCUCGCAGGCAUUCGGGACCCGCAGGUACCAGCACAGGGGGGGGGGGGGGGGGUUUGCGAGGUUUGAGGGAAGGCACCGUGGGGUAGGCAAUCACUCCGAGUGAAAACUUGUUUUCUUGAAAAGAGGCUGGGAACUAACAGAAGGUGUGAGCGUUCCUACAAACACACCGAGUGUGCAGUCUAGCUGCUCACGUCCGCCCUUCACUAUCCACGCCGCCCAUCCCGCCCCCCUGUUGUCCGUCUGUCCGUCCGUCCGUCCGGUGGCUCUGCCUCUGCUGCAGCGAGGAGCAGGCUUCCUGGGGGAGGGCACACCUGGGCUGCUCUGCGGACUUUGGAGGGCCACGUGGCUUGUCAAGGGGUGAAGAGAAAACUGACGUAAUUUCUGCUUAAAACUAUUGUAGUCAUUCCAAAAUAGAGCAUGUAAGAAUUCUCUGUAUUAGAAAAAGAACGAGAUACCAAUUGUAUAUUUUCUUUUCUUUAUUUAUUCUCUGUAAGUCUGAUAAUGGUCAACUGUAAAUAACAAUGAUUAAAGAAAUAUGCGCCUGA